UGCAUAUGCUUGUUCCUGUUUCCAUAACUCAACUUAGAAAUAAUAAAACUCGUGUAACAUAUUUUGCCGUCGUUUUUUAUCCUCCUGGCAAUUUGCUGGGAAUUCUGUCGACAAGAGUGAGGCGGGAAAUAAUUUUCAGAUAUCAAUAGAGGCCAUAAUAAUAACACAACUAAACUGUAUCAGUAUAACUUUCGUAACCCCAACGAGAUGGAAUACAGCAUUUCUGAGUUAAAUUGAGACGCCGAGUUAAGUAUCAUAGAUUGCUUCACUUCACACAUGUGAGGCCCUCUAUUGUGAAUACGUCCCGGUCAAGUCAUUACGGUGAUCAGUAAUGCUAUCAGAGGUACCUUUUCUCGAUAUAUAUUAAUAGAGAUCGAUUUAAUCUGACGUAGCUGAAAUAAGAGAAGUUCUGACACCGAAGAGAGAGAUGUGUAUUACUAGUCGCACUGUAAGUAAUGAUAUACUGAUGUUACCAAUAGCUUCUUUGAGUGUCGAAUGACUUCUGGAGAAAUUGCAGAUUAAAGCCAUUUCCUAGUGCUAAAUGAAAGUUUAGUUUCUUGGUUUCUUGGUCUGGUCUCAGAUGGCACAAACUAAAAUCAACUUCACCUUAAAUCACAGGGAAAAGUCUUCAUGAAAUGGUUCUGCGAAGGGGACUCUCCGGAUCAGCAGAGAACGACGCUCGCAGAUUUAUUCCUAUAGUGUGCCGUCCUUUCAACAGGGAAGAACGGGGGUUGAAUGUCAUUCAAUCAGGAGGCAGAGCCGACCAGUCUUAUGAAAAUCCUAUAUUAUAGAAUACAUAUUUGGAAAAAUGAACGGCAGUACAAAUGGGACAUUGGAAUCGGCACCUAAAAUAUCCACAUUUCUCCAGACCAUGUUUAUUGUGAUGUAUUCCUUCAUUAUAGUGAUAGCGGUUGGUGGGAAUGGUAUUGUGUGCUAUUUGGUAUAUGCUUAUAAGCGAAUGCGGACUGUCCCAAACUACUUUAUUGUUAAUUUGGCUUUAAGUGAUAUCAUAAUGGCGAUUUUCUGCAUUCCUUUUACGUUUGUGGCCAAUCUGAUGCUGAAUUACUGGCCCUUUGGAGAAUUAAUGUGCCCGGUCGUGUGUUACCUUCAGAUCGUGUCUGUCUUUCUUAGUGCGUACACACUGAUGGCCAUGAGUGUUGACCGCUACAUCGUGAUAGUGCAUCCAUUCCGGAAGAGAAUCACCACGGAGUACACACUAUUCAUCAUUAUAAUCAUCUGGAUUCUAUCGUUGUCCAUCCCUAUCCCCACGUUGUUCAAUGCUCGGAUAGAGUAUUAUUCGAACACUAGUGGACAGUGUCUGGAGACUUGGGAAGGUAACGAGGAGGGACGAUACGCAUACAGCGUGGGGAUCAUGGUCCUUCACUACUUUGCCCCCAUGCUUGUUAUGAUGUUUUGUUACACGACCAUCAGAUAUCACAUAUGGCUUAAACACAAUCAAAAAGACGAUCAGAAUAAAAGAAGAUUACAGCUGGCUUCCGCAAAACAGAAAAUGAUUCGUAUGAUGGUAACUGUGGUGAUAUUUUACGCCCUCUGUUGGCUGCCGUUCCACGUGAUCACUCUGGCGGGGGAACAGAAUCCGGAGAUUUACAACCAGAGCUUCAUGCCCGUUCUCUGGGUUUUCUUCCAUUGGCUGUCCAUGAGUAAUAGCUGUUACAACCCCAUCAUAUAUAUCUGGAUGAGUCCUAAAUUCAGAGCGGGGCUACAUUUAGCAUUCCACACAUGUUGUCGACGAAAACAUUCCAAAUGUGAAUCUGAUGAACAGAUUGAUGAACUAGGGAGAAAUAACGGGGUUGUGUUGCGUGUUGAAAUGCAAUCAAUGCAAAAUGUGAAUAAAAAAUCCAAAGAAUGUAGGUAUCUAUCGCACAAAGAACAGUUGUUGUCAGAGAAUUACGACAUACAUGGUAAAAUACACAGCGACACGUGAGAGAAAAAUGCAUGUGCUAUCUCUGGUGAAAGAUUGACUCUGUGUGUUUUCAGGGAGCAUUAAUCUUGAUUAAAUUUGUAAAAAUGA